GGAAUCUCGAUAUGGCUAGGCUACUCAUUUCCUACGGCGCAGAUCCCCAUAUUUCAUGUUGGUACAUUCGAAAGGUUCAAUCGGAAUGCAGACCAAUUUUCGAACUACUCUUAAAAGGCGACGACGAAGAACGUAAUAAAAGAUGAACGUAAUAAAAAAAGACGGCGGUCAAUGUCGUGUGUAUUUUCUAAUCCUAUUCGGAGUCGUGACGAGAUCGAAGUGAAAUACUUAUUGGAUUAUGGGGUUGAUCCAAAUCAAUUACUUUCCAACGGACAAUAUACUCGCAGGAUUUUGAAACCCUACAGGAGUACGAUUUUAAAAUCAUAUGGGGAGACCAUGAGCCCGUUUGGCGAAGCGAUUGGUGUAAGUCAAACCGGGAGUUUGUCUUUGGUAGAGCUGUUCUUGAAAGCUGGUUGCGAUCCUAAAGGCAUAGUCGCAAAGUUGUCAUCAAAGCCGAUGCGCAAGUUAUCUACUAUAAUUACCCAAACAAUCACAGCUUUCCUUGCAGUCAUUGGCACAAGAAACAUCCAGAUGGUGGAAUUGUUCAUACGUAAUGGUGCCAUUAUCAAUCCCACCAUGACAGACUGUAUAAGACGUACGCCGUUGCAGCGGGCGGCCGAGAUUGGAUGUUUUGAGAUGGUAGAGUUGCUGCAUAACUUUGGCGCCGACAUCAACACGCUGCCGGUUGUUAUGGGUGGCGCGACCGCCCUCCAACUGGCUGCAAUCGGCGGCUAUAACCGCAUAGUCUGCUAUUUGCUCAGUCACAAAGCCAAAGUCGAUGCUCCGGCGGCUAUGAUUAACGGGAUGACAGCCCUCGAAGGAGCUGCUUUUAAUGGGUGGACGGAUACGGUACAUAUACUCUUGAAGGCGGGUGCAGCAUCACGCGGUGAAGAUCGCUCGCAGCUCGAGAAAGCAAUGAAAAUGGCACGCGAGCAGGGUCAUUUCCCGACAGCUGAUUUAAUCCAAGACUGGCCGAAUCUACAGGAUGAUGGCGACUUACGAAUGCUUGAUGAUAUGGAGGAUGAUAUCAGAGAGAAUGAAAUUGACGAAUUCGUUAAUUGGGACGGAGAAUGCUGUGCUUAGGUAGAUUCUGAAAAGCUAUCGUGUUGAAAGCUGCUGGAGGGUUUGACGAUGAUUUUGUUGGUUCCGACGUGCGAGUUUUAGUUGGUGAAUUCUUCAAAAUCGUAUCGGAGAACUUUUGUUAAAUAUUCUGUAUCUCAAUAAUUCUCACAUUCAAUCUUCAAGACCGUUCAUUUCCCGUUUCCUUCAGAAUAGACUCGCUGAAUAUAUCGUUCUCCCCGCGCGACGGACUGAGAGGAAUCUCGUGGCGCGAUUCUUGGACGCCGCUCCGGAAUUUGUCGAGAUCCAGUCUCUUCCUGAGCUGCCCCUUUAAUACCGGUUUCUCGCACUACUCGACACAACGCCUAUCUCCCCCGGACGUGUUGUGGAUGUAUUAACGCCGUAUAUAUAUCUGCCGAAUUCCUUACUAGAGCGCAACGGCCCAAAUUCUCAUUCAUUGCGCCGGGAAUUAGUACUUUUACGCCGGAAUCAUUCGCCGCUACAUAGGUACACAGCGGAGGCACCCG